CGAUGUGAUGACGUACGGCCUCCAUUCCCACGUGGAGGCAACUUGGAGCAGAGGCGUCCAGCUGCAGGCCAGAGUGUGAAGAGCAGCCCCUGCGCGGUUUCGAAAUGACGGCAGACAUUGAGCGGCUCCUGAUCCAGUUCAAAGAUGAAGCCGGGGAGGUUCUGGGCGCCCCCUUUGAUGUCCCCGUUGAUAUCACCCCGGAAAAGCUCCAGUUGGUUUGCAACACCCUCUUGGAGAAGGAGGAGCCCGUCCCCCUGGCCUUCUACGUCCAGGAGUCCGAAAUCGUGGCCUCCCUGCAGAAGACCCUGGCCGAACUGACCCUGGAGACGGAGCGGGUGGUUGAGAUCAUUUACCAGCCCCAGGCCGUGUUCCGGGUGCGAGCAGUGACCCGUUGCACCAGCUCCUUGGAGGGUCACAGCGAGGCCGUCAUCUCAGUUGCCUUCAGCCCCACCGGAAAGUACUUGGCCAGCGGCUCUGGGGACACCACCGUCCGCUUCUGGGACCUGAACACGGAGACUCCGCAUUUUACAGCCAAGGGUCACCGCCAUUGGGUGCUGAGCAUCGCUUGGUCGCCGGAUGGACGGAAACUGGCAUCUGGGUGUAAGAACGGGCAGAUAAUGCUCUGGGAUCCAAGCACCGGGAUCCAAAUUGGCCGUACCCUGGUGGGUCACUCCAAGUGGAUCACUUCGCUGUGCUGGGAACCUCUGCAUUUGAAUCCUGAGUGUCGCUACCUAGCCAGCUCUUCCAAAGACGGCAGCGUUCGAAUCUGGGACACGGUGGCGGGCCGUUGUGACAAGAUCCUCACCAGCCACACUCAGUCGGUCACCUGCCUCCGGUGGGGGGGCGACGGCUUGCUGUAUUCCUCUUCGCAAGACCGCACCAUCAAAGUGUGGAGGGCCGAAGACGGCAUCCUGUGCCGAACCCUGCAGGGCCACGCCCACUGGGUCAACACCAUGGCUCUCAGCACGGAUUAUGUCCUCCGGACGGGAGCCUUUGAGCCAGCCAAAGCUUCUAUCAACCCCCAGGAUUUGAGCGGAUCGCUGGCAGAGAUCAAGCAAAACGCACUCUUGAGGUACAGUCAAAUUCGGGGCCAAGGACCAGAAAGGUUGGUCUCUGGGUCGGAUGACUUCACUUUGUUUCUAUGGAUUCCCGCCGAAGAUAAGAAGCCAUUGACAAGAAUGACGGGCCAUCAGGCGCUAAUCAAUCAAGUCCUCUUCUCCCCUGACACCCGCACCAUCGCCAGCGCCUCCUUCGACAAGUCAAUCAAGCUUUGGGAUGGACGGAGCGGGAAGUAUCUCAGCUCCCUGCGGGGACACGUCUCUGCCGUGUACCAGAUUGCGUGGUCGGCCGACAGCCGCCUGCUGGUCAGUGGAAGCAGUGACAGCACCCUCAAAGUGUGGGAUGCCAAGACACAGAAGUUGGCCGUCGAUCUGCCGGGACAUGCCGAUGAGGUGUUUGCGGUAGACUGGAGUCCCGAUGGCCAACGUGUCGCAAGUGGAGGGAAGGACAAAUGCCUUCGGAUUUGGAGACGAUAGCAGAAGGACUGGAGAACUUUUCGAAAUUCUUUCCUGGCGCUAACUUUAGUCUGCUCCUCCUCCUGUUUUAGGGAAGAUUUGGGGGUUUGAGAAUGGGGGCCAUUGUACAGAAUACUUGACAGACAGCUUCCUUUUAUAUCGCUCACAAGAGAAAAAUAUAUUGAAUAUUUUCAUCCAUGUUACUAUCCACAAGGAUGCUGAAGAUCUUCGGACCACGUUUCACCUUGGGUUAUGAACCAUCCUGGUCACGAAUAAGCCACUAUUCCUUUGCUUUGGAUUCCUGCCAAUAAGAUGGAUAUAAUUAUCUCAUUCCCUCAAAUAGCAGACUCCGAAGUGAGUACAGAAAGAAUUGGGACGUUCAAGAAAUGAAAUAAAGGUAUCGACAGGCUUGGCUGAACUUAAAUAUUUCAAACACUUUAAAAAAAAAAAAAAUUAUCUAAGGAGACCGAAAGACCACCAGAAAAAUAUUCAGAGAGGAAAGAAAAUAUAGUGCAAAGCAGACACAAUUUUGGCUAACGUUUGGUAAAAUGAAGAAGCAAAGAUGGAAUGGAGUCGGCCAAAACACAACAGAGGCUGGCAGGAAAUCUGUGUUCUGAUCUAGGCUUCCCAAGAGCCUGAAGCAAACUCCUUGUCCCGACAAAAACCCCUUUUCUUAA